AUGAACACCCCGGCAGUUCAAGAUUUCAAGGAUCAUGGGUUUCUGCCUUCGGACCCGCCGUGCAGGCGACUAUGCUCCCCAACGUAUCAGCCUUGGGAAGAAAUGAUUUCUCAAUUGCCGGCCUUGAUCAAGUCAGGAAAAAUUCGGAACGAAACCAAGGAGCUACCGCUUCUGAGUACAAAGGAAUUACACCACGAAACAGAGUGGAGACGCGCAUAUGUUAUCAUGUGCUUUUGGGCCCAUGGCUACAUUUGGGCCUCAAACCCUCCCGCAGAGCAGGUCCUGCCUUCGAACAUAGCUGUUCCACUUCUCGAGACGUCUAACUUUUUGGAAGUACCUCCGGUCGCUACCUAUGCCGCGUUGGCGUUGUGGAAUUGCAGAAAGAGUGAGCCUGGCAUGAUACAGCUCGAGAACCUCACGGUAGAGCACACAUUCACAGGCACAGACGAUGAAGCUUGGUUUUACAUAGUAUCGGUCGCCAUAGAAGCACAAGGCGGGCCGAUCAUCUGUCUCGUCGCUUCUGCAAUUUCAGCCAUGCAAGAGAAGAGAUACGCAGCGGCGAAUGAGUUUCUGUGGGAACUGGCUGUUCAGAUUAGCAAACUUAGCGACAUCUUAGGGAAGAUACAGGAGAAGUGCCGCCCUGAUGUCUUUUUCCACGAGCUCAGACCUUUCUUACAGGGUAGCACAAAAUCAGCGGGUUUGCCGAGAGGUAUUUUCUACGACGAGGGUCACGGAAAGGGAAGCUGGAGGCAGCUCAAGGGUGGAAGCAACGGGCAGAGCUCCCUAAUUCAACUUCUCGACAUUGUUCUAGGGGUAAAGCAUGCCCCGUUACAAGGCAAAUCUAGCGAUGCACCUCAAGCGGAGUCGUCUGCAUGUUUCUUUCGCGAUAUGCGAGAGUACAUGCCUGGACCUCAUCGACGAUUUCUAGGUCAAAUUGCUGAUCAUCCCAACCUCCGCGAGCUCGUUGGCUUGUCCGCAGGUGAUGAGGCGCACAAAGAGCUUUGGGAGGCCUACACGGCCGCCACGCAAAGCUUGACUGAGCUAAGAACUAGACAUUUAGCGAUUGUCACUACUUACAUCAUCCGGCCAUCCAGGAAGAGUGAGAGGCAGGAGGAAAAACGCGAAGAACUCCUUGGUACAGGAGCCACAGUGCUGGUCCCAUUUUUGAAACAAGCUAGGAAUGAGACACGUCAAGCAGGGAAAGAAAUACUCGCAGGUUGA